AUGCAGCCCAGCACAGAUGAGCAUGGCUUGGUGCAGCCAGGGGUAGAUCAGCAUGGCUUGGUGCAACCUGGUAUAGAUCAGCAUGGCUUGGUGCUGCCAGGGGUAGACCAGCAUGGCUUGGUGCAGCCUGGUGUAGACCAGCGUGGCUUGGUGCAGCUCAGGGUAGACCAGCGUGGUUUGGUGCAGCCCGGUGUAGACCAGCGUGGUUUGGUGCAGCCCAGGGUAGAUCAGCUUGGCUUGGUGCAGCCCAGUGUAGAUCAGCGUGGUUUGGUGCAGCCCGGCACAGAUCAGCGUGGUUUGGUGCAGCCCGGCACAGAUCAGCAUGGUUUGCUGCAGCCAGGGGCAGAUCAGCGUGGCUUGGUGCAGCCUGGUGUAGACCAGUGUGGUUUGGUGCAGCCUGGCACAGAGCAGCGUGGCCUGGUGCAGCCCGGUGUAGACCAGCGUGGUUUGGUGCAGCCCGGUGUAGACCAGCGUGGCUUGGUGCAGCCCGGUGUAGACCAGCGUGUUUUGGUGCAGCCUGGCACAGAUCAGCGUGGCUUGGUGCAGCCAGGAGCAGAUCAGCUUGGCUCGGUACAGCCCAGUGUAGACCAGCAUGGCUUGGUGCAGCCUGGUGUAGACCAGCGUGGUUUGGUGCAGUCCGGCACAGAUCAGCUUGGUUUGCUGCAGCCAGGGGCAGGUCAGCUUGGCUUGGUGCAGCCUGGUGUAGACCAGCAUGGCUUGGUGCAGCCUGGUGUAGACCAGCUUAGUUUGGUUCAGCCCAGGGCAGACCAGCGUGGCUUGGUGCAGCCUGGUGUAGACCAGCGUGGUUUGGUGCAGCCCGGCACAGAUCAGCUUGGUUUACUGCAGUCAGGGGCAGAACAUCUUGGCUUGGUGCAGCCCGGCGUAGACCAGCGUGGCUUGGUGCAGCCCAGGGUAGAUCAGCAUGGUUUGCUGCAGCCAGGUGCCGAUCAGCAUGGUUUGCUGCAGCCUGGUGUGUAUCCACCAGGUGUGGUGCAGCCUGUAGGUCAGCUAGGCUUGGUUCAACCUGGUGCAGAUAUGCAUGGUUUGAUCAGCGUGGCUUGGUGCAGCCUGGUACAGAUCAGCAUGGUAUGGUCCCACCCGGUGUAG